GACUACAGACUUGCAUCAGUUGGUCUUUGUGUUGUGAACACAUCAAGACGUGGGUACCCUCCAGAAGAUGGAGCUCACAUUGCCUUGCAUGAGUAAUUUUCAAAUUUUUAACAUUUUCACCACAUCAUUUUCAGGGCCUGAAAAAACUUGAAUUCCAGCUUAAAGUCCUUCAAACAAUCAGUUGUCACAUUUUGCUUCUCCAGGGUCAUUAAAAUUAAUGCAUGAAAUAGUUCAUGAUUUAUUCAGAAGAUUGCUUGCCUGGCAGUUUCCCAUUAGGCAUAAGCAAACAUGAAAAGUUACUGCUACAACUGUAUACUGUACAUGUAGUUGUUGUCGUGUUAGUUGUCGUGGACCACUGAAUGACUCUUUUGUGGGCCCUGCAAUUAAUUUUCACCUUAGAGAAGAUUUCUGGCUUUCGCCAACAGUCAGAGUGAAUGCCAUAACUUUUGUGCUAAUCCUCUGGAUAAAUUACUCAUGAGUCUCCCAGUACUCUACUGUGCAAAUCUCCCUGUCUCUUGUAGGGAUAAUUAAAUCUUGUGGAUAAAAAUGAAUUUGGAACUUUUCUUUGCUUUAGCUUGAAUUUCUGCCCAAUCAAAUGAAAAGAGAAUUUUCACAGUCUGUAAUUCAUGUAAGUCUUUGUAUAAAUUAUGACCGCGCAGGAGGGGAGGAUGCUUUUUAUAAAGUACAUGCAACAGGGAUAAGAUACAAGAAUUUUUCUUCUGUUUACAGGAACUGGAAAAGUUUUCAGAUAUUGAUCUUGUUGUUUUUGUUGUGGAAAAUGCUGAUGAGGUAAGACUAAUUCAUUUUAGUUAGGUUCACUUUUGUGUCCAUUGAUAAAAUUCUUUCAUGUGGUGUCUCCUGUUCAAGAGACAGCAUUUCCAAGCAGCUUUUGUGAUAGACUUGAAAUCCAACAGCCCCAGUUCAAGUCCCAUUCUAAUCAUUGCUGCAUGUAUUGUUUCUCAAUUUUGUCAACUUCAAAUCCUCCUUCGCAUUUGUAACUAGCCAGUUGGUUGCCUCCUGCCAGUUGGGUUUUUCAUCCUGUCAUGCUGUAGGUGUACCAUUUGUCUUGUAAUAUUGCAUAGAAGUACUUGGAUGUAAACUAACCAGAACAGCUGAGUACACUUCCGUUAUAAACAAAAACCAUUUUCUAGCAGUGUAUUUACUCUGUGCUAUCUGAUGUUCAGUAAUUUCUACCAGGCCUGCAUUAAGGGCCAGAGGUUGAGGAUUUCCCCUGGUUACUAUGAGCGUGAUCUCCAGUUAUGUACUUUCAUGGGAAACAAAAGGAAAAAGAAACAAAAGAACUCGCUAGCUGUUCAAUUCCUUUCUGCUAAUUUCAUACACCUGCCAACUUGAAAUCUUAGUGACAGUUCUGUUAUACAUUAAACAAGGAGGAUUUUUUUUGACAAUGUUGACCUGUAGAACUUGUGGUAACGUUGUGAAAAAACAUGGCCUGUUUUGUGAAUAAUUAUUAUUUCCAAGUACAAUCAACUCCCUUUAUAAAGGACACUGUGGGGACCUUGAGUUAAUGUCCUCAUUAUUUGUUUCAGUCAAACAUCUGUAAUUUAUUUUUGCCUGGGAUUUAGCUGCUGUUUUCAGGGUACAAGUUGAUGAGGAAGAUGAAGACGGUCAAAUUGUCCCCUUUAAAGCUCAGGAUCACGCAUCUGAUUCACGCCAGAGAACCUAUCGCUUAUGGUACACCAUUGAAGUUCAAGCCUCAGCACCUCCUCCUGAGAGAACCUUUGAAGUGACGUGUGCUGCACACUCC